AUGAACAGUGGCAACGGGCAGAGCACACUGCCACCGGAUGCCCCCACAACGGGCGCUGACACGAUAGGCAAUGAAUUGACAAGCACCCUGGCAAGUGGUGAGAAAGGAACCAUCAGGUCUUUAAUAGACUCGGCUAUGCAGAACAAUCCAUAUUUUGCUGCUGGUGGUGGGCUAAUGCUUCUUGGUACCGGGCUGGCAUUAGCGAAAUCCGGGAUGGUGAAGGCCAGUAGACUAGCAUAUAAGCAAAUGAUCGUCGACCUCGAGAUCCAGUCUAGGGACAAGUCAUACUCAUGGUUCUUAUCGUGGAUGUCCAAGCACCCACAGCGAAUUUCUAAGCAUCUAUCCGUAAGAACAAGUUACAUACAACACGACAAUGGUUCUGUGAGUACCAAAUUCAGUCUAGUCCCAGGACCCGGUAACCACUGGAUUAGAUAUAAAGGUGCAUUUAUUCGCAUCAAGAGAGAAAGAUCGGCGAAAAUGGUGGAUAUCUCCAAUGGUACACCUUUUGAAACAGUGACGUUGACCACCUUGUACCGUGACCGACACUUAUUUCAAGACAUAUUGAAUGAAGCCAAAGAUAUAGCUCUGAAAACAACUGCAGGUAAGACAGUAAUAUACACUUCUUUUGGACCUGAGUGGAGGAAGUUCGGUCAACCAAAGGCGAAACGUCUGCUGCCAUCAGUAGUUCUCGAUAAGGGUAUCAAGGAGGAUAUCAUAGAGGAUGUUCAUGACUUUAUGAAGAACGGUAAAUGGUACUCAGAUAGAGGUAUUCCAUAUCGUAGGGGUUACUUAUUAUACGGUCCACCUGGCUCUGGUAAAACUAGCUUUAUUCAAGCCUUAGCCGGUGAACUCGACUACAAUAUCUGCAUACUGAACUUAUCAGAAAAUAAUUUAACUGAUGAUAGAUUGAAUCACUUGAUGAACAAUAUGCCCGAGAGAAGUAUCUUACUAUUAGAAGACAUUGAUGCCGCUUUUAAUAAAAGAGAACAAACAGGUGAACAAGGAUUCCAUUCUGCUGUAACUUUCAGUGGUCUUUUGAACGCGCUUGAUGGUGUCACCUCCAGUGAGGAGACCAUUACUUUCAUGACUACCAACCACCCUGAAAAAUUGGAUAAAGCCAUAAUGAGACCUGGCCGUAUAGACUAUAAGGUUUUUAUUGGCAAUGCAACUUCAUACCAAAUUGAGAAGAUGUUCUUGAAGUUCUACCCCGGAGAAGUCAAUAACUGCAAGAAAUUUGUCGAAGCUGUUGAGUCUUUGGGGUCAUCAGUUAGUACAGCACAACUCCAAGGUCUGUUUGUAAUGAAUAAGGAUGACCCAGAAUCAGCUAUCAAGAUGGUGCACACAAUGAAGACUAACGAAGAAUUUGUAGUAUGA